GAUAUUUAUAUAUCGAGGAAAGCGGAAACACUUUUAGGAAACAAUACAAUUUUCGUAUCACAUAACGAAAAGAGAAGCUGAAGAUGGCGGCUUUAAACAAAGCCAUUUGUGAGCGUCGUUUCAAACAAGUUCGCUCCUUUAUAGAUUUAGGAGUCAACUUCAAUUGGAAAGACAGAGACGGUAAAACUGCGUUAAUUCAACUGUGCUCUGUUGAACCAGAUUCACUGGCCAUUUCCAUUGCUUCACGUUUGUUAAAACGAGGAGCGAAAAUCGACGUGACAGACAGCAAUGGCUUAUCGGCCUUAUCCACCGCAGUGGUGAAACAAAAAGAAGACAUGGUCGCAUUGUUCUUGGAAGAGGCUGGGAAUUUUGACCUCAAUUCCAAAGACAAGAAAGGAAACACGGCGCUAUUUCACGCAGCUAAGGUUGGGAAUUUUAACAUCUUAAAUGCUAUUGUCAUUGCACUGCAGAAAUACCAACUCAGUGUAAACGUGCCGAACAAUGAAGGAACCACUCCUCUUAUACAAGCCUGUAUGAACGGGGACAUCGUCUGUGCUAGGUUUCUUAUUAAGGAAGGAAAAGCUGCUAUGAACAACAGAGACUGGAUCCACAGAAAGACGGCAUUAGAAUGGGCGAAAAUAAAGGGAAUUGAAGAAAGCAUUUUGCUGUCAAACGCUGAUUCCUCACACGUUGGAAAUAAAAUGAAUGAGAAACUUCCGCAAGAAAACCAUUAUCAAAGAAGACAAUUGCAGUGUCUUGAAAAGGGCGACCAACCGGAAAAUGGUUUCACAGGGCGUACGAAAUGGGACAAGACAUACAAAGAUCAGUUUCUACAGGUUUAUCGAAUUUAUGAAUGCCAGCUUACAGCGUCGUUUAAACAGGGAAGAAAACCAAAGACCAAAAUACUGGAAAGUACCGAAGAAGACGACAAUGCGAAAAAUAAGACAACCAUUGAUAGCCCGAAAGGACGAGGAGCCUUCAAAGUCCUGAAGCGAAACUCAACCAAUAACAUUUCACGCCCAUUUCCGUUUCAGAAUUUGCAACGUUCCCAGUCCUUCACCGAAUUCACAAAACUGUCUUUCCGAGAUUCGGAAAGACACGUUUAUUCGCCGCCAUUUCCGAGAAGUCGCUCGCCUCUUUCGACCCGUUCGCGAAGAGUUCGCCAACAACCUUCGGGAUCCGAGACUCGUUCGGUGUUGUCGGGUUGUUUAAUACCGACCGUUUUUGAAACAAACGAACUUGAUGAAUAACUAUCGUUUUAAGUUACAUUACUCCUUUCAAUGGCUUGGUCAGUGUUAAAAUUCUUCUUACAGUAGUUCAUAUAUUUUCUUUAGAUUAUCUCCAGAGAAUUAAACAUGAUUUUCUAAUAAAGGGGUAUGGCACCCCAUUUUUCCAUCAAAGCUUUCGUUACGGAUUAAAACUACUGAAUCACACUGGAAAAAGAAAUACUACAAGAACACAGCAAUGAACCUCCUUUCUCUCGCAUCAAAAGUGUAUACGUAUUGCCUAUGGCAGUCACUGAUAAAAGACGUGUCAUUUUUGCUUAGAUUAUUCUAUAAGUUACAUUAUUUUUGUCGAUGUAUGGCAAAUGUUGUUGACAGGAGAUUUUGGAGCAUGCUCAGUCUGCAGGGGGCUCUAUUCCACAAAGUCCCACGAAUGCAAACUAAAUAAAUAUUUGCAUUUCACGCUAGACUGAUCCACGAGUCAAGCUUCGAAAGCCGCGCUCGGAAACCGAAAAACGUCUGCAACACUCGCAACUGGUGAUGGACAAAACACUGACCCCUAGUCCAUGGACUACUCAAAUGGACUACCCUAAAAUGGACUACCCCUAAAAAAUGCUUUUUCAGAUGAGUGGUAUGUUAAGAAGCUGCGAUUAUGUACUUACACUGCACGGAGGAUGCUUUUCUUUUCGUUCCGCAUCGCCUUCAGCCGCCAUUUUGAAUAAAUAUACUAAAUAACUGUUGCACACAAAAAGCAUAGACUCAUAUCAAAUCAAAUAUCUUGUUCCCAUGUGAUUUACUAAACUCAUCAAAUUCUUCAUCUGAGGAUUAAUUCAAAUAUAUGUACAAUCAACAACGUCCAGUUGUAACUCAAGUUAUAGCCUGCAGUACAGGCGGAUUAGCAGGUUCUAGCGUGACACACAAGCACGCGUGAAGCGCGAGAACGAGCGCGAAGUGCGAGGCGAGAUUUUUCUCGCCUCGCGCUUUGCGCUCGUUCUCGCGCUUCGCGCGCGCUCGUGUAUCACGCUAGAUCCCACUAAUCUGCCUGUACUGCAGGCUACUCAAGUUAUAAAAUGGAAACAGAUUUUGUUAUUGAAGGUUUUACCUGAGCUGUCCAUGCUGGCAUGUUCUGCUGACACUUCAAGUGGCUUGAACCUAUGCGUUUUCUGUUCAGCAGUUGUUUUAUUCAGUAUAGUUAUUCAAAAUGGCAGCUGAAGGCGGUGCAGAACGAAAAGAAAAGCAUCCUCCGUACAGUGUAAGUAUAUAAUCGCA